AUGUCGAAAGCACCUAGGAAAACCUCCCGGGCUUCAGGAUCUAGGAAAGAUGGUGAAACUAUACAAGAGAUUCAAUUUUACCGAGAGACAGGCCAGACUUACCGUCCGUUCACAGAUCCGAAACGCAUAGAGACGAAUGACCAAAAGAAGGCCACUAAGGGCGACGCUCGCGCACACGUGAGAGGUGUUCCUGACGAAUAUCUAAGUGUCAUGAGUACAACAGAUAGCAUAGAAACUUCUCAAAGCACUCCGGAUAGUGCUUCACUCGUACAAACGGAUACUGCCAUGACAGAAGUUCAAUGUCAUGAGGAAACACUCAACACUAGCGAAUCCUCUCUUCAGCAAACCUAUCCGAUUGGCUUCAAUGAGCCUUUAUACAGUCCAGUCCAAUAUGGAAACUCGGAUGUUGCGGUAGCCGUUCCAGAGUUGCACGUCGACAUUCCAUCACGUAUGUUGUGCCAGGCGGGCGACUAUCAAAUGCACCUUCUCACAUCUACAUCACCUGAUGGAAGCACUUCUCAUAGUGCUUAUCAGGAAUCAUUUGAUCAUCCUCCGCCUCUACCGUUUUCCUAUGGUGUGCAACCAAUGUAUCACAACGAACUGAUGAAUUGCAGCUCGUAUACGAACGACUUCGACGGUAGAAUGCUUGCAGAUGUGCAGCUUUCUUCGGGAGCUCCUUCGGACUCCGGCUCGUCCGAUGACUCUUGCGAAAUCGACCAAAUACUGGAUAAUUUCGAGCAGUGGCGAACACCUGUUGAACCCCUCGAGGAAUAUCAUUGUUCUCUGCACAUUGCUCCAUCGCCCACAUCCCAAUCACCCUCGAGCCAAUGCGAUGGCGAACAACCUUACUUUGGUCCUCAGGGACCUUUCUUAUCCGGUCCAGAUGUCAUUUCCCAAACGUUCAGCGUCUUGUCUGCUCAUAUGGACACCGGCUGCGUGUCUGACCAAGUAUAUGCUGACGCACUCCAAAAUCGUCAGAAAAUGGUCUUUGGCCACGCAGGUUUGGACUACCUUAACACAGGCCACGAUAGUAACUCCGGUGACACACAGCAAGGAAUGGAUGCUUAUACCCACGAAGCCAUGGACUUCAAUUUACAUCAAUCUCACUGCGGAGAAUUUAUCACAAUCUGA